CGCCGCUCCUUGUCAGGGCGGGAGGCCUAGGCCACAUCCGGGGAGCCUGAGCCUGGCGCUGUGGUGGAGGAGCGGCGGGAGGAGAGCGAAGCUGCAGACCCCUCCCUUUGACAGAGAGCGCCCGCCCACACCAGCCCCGAGCCAGCCAUGGGCGACAGCGAUGAUGAGUAUGACCGGCGCCGGAGAGACAAAUUCCGUCGGGAAAGGAGCGACUACGACCGAUCCAGAGAGCGGGACGACAGGCGGAGAGACGACUGGAACGACAGGGAGUGGGACAGGGGGCGAGAGAGAAGGAGCCGCGGGGAGUACAGAGAUUACGAUCGGGGAAGGAGGGAACGAUUUUCCCCACCGCGGCACGACCUGAGCCCGCCUCAGAAACGCGUGCGGCGAGGAGAAUGGGACGACCACGGAGGGGAUCCCUACCACACGGGCUAUGACAUGCCGUACGGAGGAGGUGGGGGUCCCAGCUACGGCCCCCCUCAGCCCUGGGGACACCCUGACAUGCACAUGAUGCAGCAGCACCAUGGCAUCCCCAUCCAGGCCAGGCUGGGGAAUCUCCACGAGCUGGAGGUGGGACCUCCGCCUGCCGUGAUGAAGACCUUCAAGGAGUUCCUGCUGUCCCUGGACGACUCGGUGGAUGAGACGGAGUCGGUGAAACGCUACAACGAGUACAAGAUCGAGUUCAGGCGGCAGCAAAUGCAGGACUUUUUCCUGGCCCAUAAGGACGAAGAAUGGUUUCGAUCAAAAUAUCACCCAGACGAGGUUGGGAAGCGCAAGCAAGAGGCUGACUAUGGCAUGCGAACCCGACUGAGUGUGUACUGUUACCUGAUGGAGCACGGCUGGUUCGAUGGCAUCUCGCUGGACAUCGACAAGUCCAACAUCAUAAUGAAAGCCUUGGACGCAGCCGUCAUCAAGAUGGAGGGGGGGACGGAGAAUGACGUGAAGAUCCUGGACCUGGAGGACGAGGAGGAGAAGGCGGAAAAGUCUGAAGCUGGAAAGAAGGAGGAGGGUCUCCGGGGGGGCUCUGACGCUGACCGGAAGCUGGCUAUGGAGAAAGAGAAGGAAGAGAAGAAAGAGGAGAGCGGCAAAAAGGGAGAGAGCGUGUCUGCGGGGGACGAGGAGAAGAAACAGCAGGAGAGAGAGGAGAACAAAGCCAAGCCCCCGGGCGAGGACAAGGGAGAGGAGCGGGACAAGGCCGACAAGUCCACGGUGUCUGAGGAGAACUCCGCAAAGAAGGUGGGCAAGAAACGCAAGAGAAAGCGCAGCGGAGACGACAGCUAUGACGAGGAUGAUGGCACCGCUUCCGAUUCGGAAUCCGAGCCUGAGGCAGCUCCUACCGGCCUGGAGAAGCCACAGGAACCCAAUCCAGGUAAAGCGAGAGAAGGGGAGGAAAAGAACCAGAAAGCAGACGAGCCCAAAGCGGAGAGAAAGGAGGAACACAAGGACAAGCCCAAGGAGGAGAAGAAGGAGAUGGAGAAUGCCCCCAAGCCCCGCCCGCUACACAAGACCUCCUCCCUCUUCAUGAGGAGCAUCGCCCCCAACAUCUCGAAGGCCGAGAUCAUUGCGCUGUGUAAGAGGUUCCCUGGCUUCAUGAGAGUGGCUCUGUCCGACCCUCAGCCUGAACGCAGAUUUUUCCGCAGAGCCUGGGUGACCUUCGAUCGAAGUGUGAACAUCAAAGAGAUCUGCUGGAACCUCCAGAACAUCCGAUUACGUGAGUGUGAGCUGAGCCCUGUGGUGAAUCGGGAUCUGGCGAGGCGGGUGAGGAGCAUUAACGGCCUGACACAGCACAAACAGAUCGUGCGAAACGACAUCAAACUAGCGGCCAAACUCAUCCACUCCCUGGACGACCGGUCCCAGCUCUGGUCCUCCGAGUCCCUCAACGAGGACGGGAGGGUUGAGAGCCUGUCUUCGCAGAACCCCAUCCUGAAGAACAUCACCGACUACCUGAUCGAGGAGGUGAGCGCGGAGGAGGAGGAGCUGAUGGGCAACACGGCCACCGACACCCCCGACGAGGGGCCCAAGGAAGGCAACCCCGAGGUCAACAUCGAGAGGGACGACAAGCUCAUCAAGGUCCUGGAUAAGUUGCUGCUUUACCUGCGGAUCGUCCAUUCCAUUGAUUACUACAACACCUGCGAGUACCCCAAUGAGGACGAGAUGCCCAACCGGUGUGGCAUUGUUCACGUCAGGGGCCCCCUCCCCCCCAACCGGGUCUCCCAGCACGAAGUGGCCGAGUGGCAGAAGCUGUUUGAGGAGAAGCUGACGCCUCUGUUCAGUGUGCGGGAGAUUCUGUCGGAGGAGGAAGCCAACAAGAUGGGGAAGAAAGAUGGGGACCAAGAGGUGGAGAAGUUCAUCGUGGCCAAUACACAGGAACUCGCCAAAGACAAGUGGCUCUGCCCACUGAGCGGCAAGAAAUUCAAGGGGCCGGAGUUUGUCCGUAAGCACAUCUUCAACAAGCACAGCGAGAAGAUCGAGGAGGUGAAGAAGGAGGUGGCCUUCUUCAAUAACUUCCUGAUGGACGCCAAGCGACCAGCACUGCCCGAGAUUAAAUCCAACCAACCGUCGGCGCCGGGGGCUCAGACCCUGGGCGAGAUGUCGCUACCUCUGUUGGGCAUGACGCCAACAAUGGGGUACCCUCACCCCCAACAACAGGGCUUGUUGGGGUUCGGCCAGCCUCGUCCACCCGUCAUGGGUUACGGAGGUGGGCCAGCGUACCCACACCCUCAGUAUGGGGGCCGGGGGACUUUUGACGGGUACAGAGGGCAGGGAGGAUACCCGGGCAAGCCCAGAAACAGGAUGCUCCGAGGUGACCCCAGGAACAUUGUGGAGUACAGAGACCUCGACGCCCCUGAAGAUGUGGAUUUCUUCUGAACAGGACCAAAAUCUGAGCGCACAGCAGCCAAGCCACCGUUUUUAUCCUCUCUAUCUGUCUGUAUCAAGGUCAGGGGACGUGUCCCCGGGGUAGGUGUUAUAGUGGGUUCAGGCACUGACGCCCUCGUUUAUAAUGUAGAGACUGUUUCCCCCCCCUCCCCCCCCACAUUGAGAUUUCCGCCCGUGUCAUUUUCUUUAUCAAGUGUUUGAAAUAAAAUAAUAAUAAUC